GCCUGUGGUAACGCUGUCAGUGAUGCUGGUGCAUGAAGGAUUUCAGAGGCAGUGUGUCGAGAAAUCACUUUCUCUUUUUUUUUCCCUCCUCAUCUCCUUUAGGUUAACUCUGCUGUAUUCAACAGUUGUCUUCCUAGCCAGGGAGGCGUUUCGCAGAGCUUGUUUGAGUGGAAGUACAAAGCGAAACUGGACCAAAACAAUUAAUCUGUUGUGGCUGACAGUCCCUCUUGGUGUUUUUUGGUCUAUUUUCCUGGGCUUAGUGUGGUUACACUUGCUUGAAGUACCUGAUCCUUCGCUGGUUCCUCAUUACCAGGCUGGUGUGGUGUCCUUUGGUCUUUCAGCAGUUAUUGAACUUCUGGGAGAACCGUUCUGGGUUUUAGCACAAGCUCACUUGUUUGUGAGGCUUAAGGUAAUUGCUGAAAGCCUUUCCAUAGUGUCAAAAUGCAUUUUGACAGUUACGUUAGUAGCCCUUUAUCCUCAAUGGGGCCUCUACAUUUUUUCCUUGGCUCAGCUUUUAUAUACCAGUGUUCUGGUAAUGUGCUAUGUAAUUUAUUUUAUGAUAUUUUUGGGGUCUCCUGAAGCAACCAAGAAGUCAUUUCCAGUUGCUAGAAUGAAAGCUCUGUUACCUAACUUGGUUGAAGAUGAG